AUGGCUCCAACGGCUCUUGACCACGAUGAUGACCCCGUCACGGCCGAGUACGACGUGUACAUUACACCCGAGCUGCAAGAGCAAAUCUUCCUCCUGCAAUACCCGAACCGCGGCCGGGACCAACCCUACAACGACCGCAACAACUCCAGACCGGUAGAAAUGCGCAUGAAGCCCGAGGCCGGGUUUAUCGAGGUCGACGUGCCUAUGAACGUCCACGCCAACUACGACAAGCGCAAGGGAGUCAUGUGGGGCGAAGCGAUGCGCAAAUCGCAAGAAAACGGGGAGAGCGCAUUCGGGCUGGCGGCGGGCUUCAGCGGCCUAUCACGGACCGCGGUCCCUACGAAAACCGCGCCCCAAGGCCGCGCCGACAUCCAGAACCAAGAGCUCGAAGAAGACACGGUGGAGCAGCUGCUCACCAAAUUCGAAGACGCCAACGACAAAGGCCAUGUCAUGAACAAGCAGACGCUGGGCGGUCAGAUCCUUAAAGACGAGACGGGCAAGCCCAUCUAUAUGCUCGGCGCCUUCCGCGGUAAGGAGCUGCACCUAACCAAGAUCUCGGGCAUUGUGCAGAUGCGCCCGCAGUUCCACCACCUCGACGCCGUGCGCGACCUGGAGAACGCGAGCCGUAGGCGUGAGCGCGAGGCCAAUGAGCCGCCGCGUGUAGGCGAGCCGCGCGCCGUGCAGAUGACGAUCAAGAACGACUACGGCGACGCGGCGGACGCGGCGCAGUCGAAGGAGUUCCUGUUCCGGGCGCAGGAGGAGAAGUGGACGAAACUGCGGUAUUACGACGAAGAUACGGACGAAGCAUUCGCGACCUACCACGAGAAACUCUUCGUCGAGGAUCCCGAGGCCGCGCCGCGCCUCCGCUCCAGCUUGUCCAACGAGGCGUACCUGGACGCCAUCAGCGCGGAGCGUUCGGAUCCCAGCGGUCGGUCAAAGAAGAAGCCGCUCACGAAGCGGCAGAUGCAGCGGAUUGAGGACUCGGAGGAGAGCGAGAGCGAAGGGGAAGGGGAGGGCGUUGAUGGCGGGAAUGGUCCAUGA